AUGCUUCUCACCGUGCUGGCCGCCGUGGUACAAGCCGUCCCCACGAUUCCCGCCUUCAGGAAGCUGCACCGCCGUCAGGUCGCCAACGCCACAGCCGACCUCGUUCUCCCUGACGGUCGCAUCGCCGCGGACGCCGUCGCCGAGGACUUCAACGUCCUCGCCAGUGUCUUCAAGAGCGCCGUGGUCAAGGGCGAUGGCCUCGUCUUCAGCGAUCUAAUCGUUUUCCCCGAGGUUGCCUCACCCUCCAUCUUCGACGUCGCCACCAACACCAAGGCCUUUGAGAUCACCCUGUCGGACGCGUCCAUCUUCAUACCCGAAGGCGGCGAGGCCCAAGAAAACAUCCGCCGUGCCGAUUUGCUUCCCAGCAUUCGAUCCACGCUGGACGAUGUGGCCACCACUGGUGUCCGGACUAUGCACUUUUCGGUCCAGUCCGAUGCUGACAGGCCUUUGAACUUGACCCACGACUACCAGAUCAUGAACCUCGAAUCUGCAGAUUUCACUUUCCAUCAGAUUGAUGUUCGUACUGGUGGCGAUGCCGGCGAGAACAUCGUAGUCAACGGCAACUCGCAGACAGCUGGCGGCGCCCCGACUUUGUUUACCACCCCCUUCACUGCGGGCGAGUUCCAGAACUUUGCGCUGCAGAUGGACUUCGACGCCAACACCGUCCAGGUCUUUCACAGCACCGGAGACGCCCCGCUGGAAUCUGUUACUGAGGCCGUUGCCAAUGAUCUUGCUGGAAAUGGCGAGUACCACUUCUCUCUGCAGAAGAACCCCGUUGGCACAGCUGCUCAGCCGACUGGUAUCGACGAGGGUAUCAUCUUUGGUGGUAUCUUUAUGGAAGCUGACACGGUUACUCUUUCAUGAGCAACCACACUGGGCUGGAAUAUGAGAUGUCAGGAAUGAAAAAGGGCACCAUGAUAUAUUAGAACUAAUGAUAGAGACAUCGAUAUCUUUAGCAGUAGCCUCCAACUUCGGUGUUGGUGCUAGACAUGAAUGAGACUUUGGG